AAACAUCCCCCUCGCCCCGAUGUCGGGGAAUUACGAUCAUCCUCCUGCCUCGCUUCGUGUACCUCUUGGAAGCCGCGCCGGUGAUCGACCUCACCCACUUCUCUCAAAUAAUUUGCAGCACUUACGGAACCUCCUAAACUCGGAACCUAACCGUAACGCCUCCGCCCGUGCUCUAGAAACCCUGAACCAAGAGAUAGACGAGUAUCGCUCCGGCCGGGUGCGGGACUGGUCAAGCUUCAAUCAUACUAGAGCGGUGGUUGAUAGAGGGAUACACCAACAUACUCCACAACCAGGCUCGCAUAGAUUACAGGCUGUUAACGUUGCUGUUGCUGACCCCGACUCUGGUACCCCGGAUUCUCCUAGAUUUCCUAGUGGGCACUCUAGUCGUCGUGCCCCCAGUGGAGGUGGUAGGGCAAAUCGCGAAGGAAGAAAUCGAGCCUCUAUUUCCAUGGAUGAAGAGCGAUGGAGGGCGAAACGCAGAAAACUUGAAUCAGAUGACAACAGAGAGGGCUUGCAGAGUUUCCGGUACGGUCAAUAUGGUCAGGUUGUGUCUGGAGUUCUCAAGAUGGAACUGGCUAGCUGUGACGGAGGAACUUAUGAAACUGAUGGCGAAAGUUCAUGGCCGGAGAACGUCCUCCGCGACGACUCUUCUGUAUACUGUACAAAAUCAGAACGGUGUAAUCUGAUCCUAAAGCAUCGUGGAGGGACACCGUUCUGCUUGAAGAGAAUUGUGGUUAAGGCUCCAAAGUCUGGCUACGGUGCUCCGUAUGUUACAUCUGAGCAGCAUGGCUAG